UUUGGGGAUAUAUGGCGAACAUGCAGAUAGUUCCAGCAGGCAGAAAUGUGAAUGUAGAGCCUCAGUAUGUGGAAAUGAUGGUUCCUCUAUACUCUUAUGGUUGUGAGAGAAAAAUCAACAAUGCUCUUUCCCAUAUCAAAGGAAUAUAUUCAGUGAAUGUAGAUUUUGAACAACAAAAGGUGACAGUAUGGGGAAUCUGCAACAAGUAUGAUGUGUUAGCUAGAGUUAGGAGCAAAAGAAAAGCGGCUCGUUUUUGGAAUACAGAAGACAACAACGUUGUUAACAUGGAAGAAUAUUCAGAAAGAGAUUCAUCAGCAACUUGUCGUUAUCGAAUUAGGCCGCCUUUAGCCCUCAUAAGGGCUCGAUCUCUAAGCUGGAAAUUAGCUUUAAAAAAGGCCUUCACAAGAUCAUAUUCAUUCUAGUUAAAAUAUCAACCUCAAUUAUAUAUGAGCCACAUUGUAAAUAGCUGCUGCCACUUAUAUUAAGUUUUCCUAUGUUUGCCUUUUGUGGCACAAAUAAUCCGUUUAUGUUUGUUUAUUAUGGUCUUUGA